AUUCUGUAUUGAUACAUUAAAGGUGAUGUACUUGAUUCUGUCUUUUGCUUAAAGCUUAGCGUACAGUGCUUUCGAUUAGUCAGUUCCGGAUCACUUUUAUGGUUCGAUGGAUCAAAGAAGUGUGUGGUUACAGACUCUGGUGUUAGGUUUUGAGUCACAUAGUCAACAGAUGUUUUGAAACAUUGCUGCCUUUAUAUUUAGCUUCAUCCAUCUUGAAGUCUGGAAAAUCAACCCUCGUUUCUAAGUCAGGAAGGUUUCCACUGUAAAACAUAUAAGGAAGGUUUAGAUGAAUGAUGUCCUAAACUCUACAAUGGCUGAAGUUCAUAUUGUGGUUGUAGGGGAUAACAAUGUUGGGAAGACAUCACUGUGUAUUACAUUUUCUACCGGUCAGUUUCCAAGUUUGUUCACUCCAAUGGAGUGCAAUAGAGUUCCACAUGAGAAGGAUAUGACAGUUGGUACAGAGACUGUCCAUGUGAAGUGCACUGACACAGAAGGUCAUGAAGAUUAUGAUGACACACGGCCAGAAUCCUACAGUGAUGCUGAUAUAUUCUUAUUAUGCUUCUCUGUAUCAGGACCAUCAUCUUUCCAAAAUAUAAAAACUAAGUGGAUUCCUGAGUUGAAACGACAUGCUCCAAAAGUGCCAAUAUUGCUGGUAGGAUGUAAAGAAGAUACAAGACAUGGGAAAGAAUCCAGCAAGGAUGUAAUUAAAAAAGGACAGGGGAAGAAGAUGAAGAAGGCAAUAAAAGCAUUGUCAUAUGUUGAGUGCAGUGCCUUGAAGAAAAAUUGUGUAAAUGAGUGUUUUCUAGAAGCAGUGAAAGUAGCUAAAGGUCAGUCAGAUUCUGGUGGAACGUGUGGCUGUAUAAUGCUGUGAACAGCUAAGAUUCAGGCAGAGGUGAAGGGCAAAAGCAUCUUUAUAAUCAAGAAUGCUGCUGUCAUGGAAGAAUGUUGAACAUUAUGCAUACCAUAUAUUGCUAAGUUUUAAUUAUUAACUGUAAAAUUUUUAUGCAAACAUUUUGAAAAAAAAUGUUGGACAACAUUUCUUAUACCCCCACCAUUAAAAAUGGGGGUCAGGUAUAUAGUAUUUCCCCUUAUCCGUAUGUGCAUGUGUCUGUGUAUGUAUGUUUGUGUGUGCACAAAAAAAAUGUCUGAAGAAUAACUUUGUUGUGUAUUGUCAGAUUUUGAUAUAAUUUGGCACAAAUAACCACUAUAACAAGGCAAUGUGUCGUAUCAAAAUCUAGACCCCUAGGUUAAAGAUCAUUCCGUAACUCUGUCCUUUGUCUUGGCAAAAUUAUUUCAUCAGUGAUUUUCACACAGCAGGUUAAAGAUCAUUCCAUAACUCUGUCCUUUGUUUUAGCAAAAUUAUUUCCCCUUUUUCACUUGGACAGUAUUUCUUUAAAUAUUUCUGAAACCUUUUCAUGCUUUUCAUUGAAACUUCUCAUAAACCUUUGAGAUAAAUAUGUAAGUUUACACAUUAAGUUUGAUAACUUUAAUAUUUGGAAAAUUUUCUCCUGCUUUUUGACUUUGGAAAAUGUGUCGAAGUUGAGUUUUUAGCUCACCUAAGGCGUCCGUCGUGUGUCCGUCAACAUUUUCUAAAAAAAUCUUGAAAACCACUGGGCAGAAUUACACCAAACUUCACAGGAAUGAUCCUUGGAUGGCCCUCUUUCAAAAUUGUUCAAAGAAUUGAAUUCCAUGCUGAACUCUGGUUGCCAUGGCAACCGAAAGGAAAAACUUUAAAAAUCUUCUUGUCUAAAAUCGCAAGGUAUAGAACCUUGAUAUUUGGCUUGUGACAUAAUCUAAUGGUCCUCUAUGAACAUUGUUCAAAUUGUGCCCCUGGGAUGAAAAGAGGCCCCACCCCGGGGGGUCUCAAGGUUUACAUAGUCAUAUAUAGGAAAAACUUUAAAAAUCUUCUUGUCUAAAACCAGAAGACCUAGGCCUUUGAUAUUUGGUAUGUAGCAUUGCCUUGUGGUCCGCUACCAAAAUUGUUCAAAUUAUAACCCUGGGGUGAAAAGAGACCCUGGCUCAAAUUGUUCAAGCAAGCAACUUAACUCAGGUGAGCGAUAUAGGGCCAUCAUGGCCCUCUUGUCCGAUAUGUCUAUGUAAAACUUGGGACCCCCAGGGAAGGGCCUCUUUUUACCCCAGGGGAAUAAUUUGAACAAUCAUGGUAGAGGACCACAAGGCAAUGCUACAUACCAAAUAUCAAAAGCCUAGGUCUUGUGGUUUCAGACAAGAAGAUUUUUAAAGUUUUUUUCCUAUACAAGUCUAUAUAAACCAUGUGACCCCACCCCCCUGGGCAGGGACAUAUUUCGUCCUAGGGGGAUUAUUUGAACAAACUUGUUAGAGGACCACUAGAUGAUGCUACAUACCAAAUAUCAAAGCCCUAGGCCCUUUUGUUUUUGACAAGAAGAUUUUCAAAGUUUUUCUCUAUGUAAGUCUGUAGAAACAAUGUGACCCCAAGGGCGGGGUCAUAUUAUAUCCUAGGGGGAUAAUUUGAACAAUCUUUGUAAAGGCCCAUUAGAUGAUGCUACAUACUAAAUAUCAAAGCCCUAGACCUUACGGUUUUGGACAAGAAGAUUUUCAAAGUUUUUCCCUAUAUAAGUCUAUAUAAACCAUGACCCCUGGGGUGGGGCCAUAUUUGACCAUAGGGGGAUAAUUUGAACAAUCUUGGUAGAGGCCCACAUGAUGAUGCUACAUACCAUUAUCAAAGCCCUAGGCCUUGUGGUUUUGGACAAGAAGAUUUUUAAGUUUUUCCUUUCAGUUGCCAAGGCAACCAGAGUUCUGUACAGAAUUCAGUUCUUUGAACAAUUUUUAAGAAGACCAUACAAAGAUCAUCCCUGUGAAGUUUCAUCAAAAUUGGCUUGGUGGUUUAGGAGGAGAUGUUGUUUAAAGGAAAGUGUGGACGGACGGUGGGCGAUCACAAUAGCUCACUCUGAGCCUUUGGCUCAGGUGAGCUAAAAAAACUUUAAAAAUCUUCUUGUCUGAAACUGCAAGGCCUAGGCAUUUGAUAUUUGGUAUGUUGCAUUGCCUUGUGGUCCUCUAUCAAAAAUAUUCAAAUUGUGCCCCUGGGAUGAAAAGAGCCCUUCCCGGGGGUUCUCAAGUUUUACAUAGACUUAAUAUAGUCCUGUUCAAUAAGGUUGUUACUUCCCUUGCGUGAGUUGUCGUAUUGAUAAAAACUACUUCCGGUGAGCAAAAAAAAUAAAAUCAGAAAAUGGCAACGAACAAAGGAAUUGGGGGUUUAUUUAAGAGAUAGAGGUGCACAUGUGUCAAGAAAUAGGCCGGAAUUAAUAAAACGUGCUAAAGGACUUGUUAAAUUAGGUACAAGGCCACUUUGUGAAAUAAAAAUCGAGGACGAUCAGCGCUACAAACGACAAUCAGAACUUUUUUGUACUCCUCACCGGAACCCAAGACUCCUUUAUAUGGACUUUGAAGGGACAUUCUAAUGAAAGGAUCGAAUUUGCAUUUGGAAUGAAAUGUUGCCAAAAUUAAUUUCAUUCUGCAAAGUAGCAUUCACUCCAGAGUUGUUUUCAGAGCGUGUAUUACGGGGAAAAUCAUUGUAUUAAAUUUGAAAAAGAAUGAACAUUUGUCUACAACUACUAACAGGUAAAUGUUAAAUUUCAUUAUGUCUUACUGUAAACAAUGUUUCAGUGAUUUGUUACUAAAUACUUAACUGUCUAACUUUUGUACUGUUUCUAUGUAAAUAAUUAAAUGUCAUAAAGUA